CGGAACCUCUCUUUUUAGCGCCGCCAAUAUGGAUGACGACUACGAAAACUACUCUGGAGAAGACGAGUUCAAUGAGGACGCCUUGAACAACGCGGACUACGAUGCCUUAUAUGCCGCCCUCCCCGAGGCGAAGGCCCAGCUACAGUCGUACAAUCCGCAGAUCCAGGACCUCGAUAUCAAAGAGGCCCUCUACUACAACUACUUCGAAAUCCCCGCUGCGCUCGAGGAACUCAAAAGCAAGUUCCCCCGAAAAAAAGAGGAGCUCCCGCCGCCGAGGUUGUCGAAAUUGGCGAUGCUAGCGAAACUGAGGGCCGG